AGUCUUACAAGUGGCACUUGAAGGCAGCAUCACGCCUUUGGUUGACGCAGAGCGCAGACGUCGGUGACGUAGGCUGGCACGUAAGCACGCGCGUAUGUAAACAUUUCCUAACCGAUCAUGGCUGCACAACUGAGCAGGAUUCUCUCAAAGUCGUGCAGACAGAUCUCUGGACCAUGGGGUGCAUGCCAGGCUGGAUGGAGGAGCAGGUCCACCAAUGCUUCUCCAGAUGUGGCCUCAGACCAGGCAGCAGCUGGAGGGAUGGUCUCCUUUCCUCCACUUCAAACCUUUUCAGAGGAGGAGAGCAUGAUGAAGGAAGCAGUUAAAAAAUAUGCACAAGAGCGCAUUGCUCCGUUUGUGUCAAAGAUGGAUGAACACUCUUUCAUGGACGAGGAAGUCAUCAAAUCUCUCUUUGAACAGGGUCUCAUGGGCAUUGAGAUUGACCCCGAGUACAACGGCACUGGCUCCUCAUUCUUCUCCUCCAUCCUGGUCAUCGAGGAGCUGGCGAAGGUGGACCCCUCUGUGGCUGUGCUCUGCGACAUCCAGAACACACUGAUCAACACGCUGUUUGCCAAACUGGGUACGGCAGCUCAGAAAGAGCAGUACCUCAACCGACUGUCAACCGACAUGAUCGGAAGCUUCUGCCUCUCCGAAGCAGAUUCGGGGAGCGACGCCUUUGCUCUGAAGACGCGUGCAGACAAACACAAGGACUAUUACGUCAUCAAUGGAUCCAAGUUGUGGAUCAGCAAUGCAGAGCAUGCGGGUGUUUUCCUGGUGAUGGCCAAUGUUGACCACUCUGCUGGGUACAGAGGCAUCACCUGCUUCAUCAUGGACCGAGACACGGAGGGGCUGGAGAUUUGCAAGAAGGAGAACAAGCUCGGCCUGCGUGCGUCCUCCACCUGCCCGCUCAACUUCGACAAUGUCAAGGUACCAGAGACAAACAUUUUGGGAGAAAUCGGUCAGGGUUACAAGUACGCUAUCGGGAUGUUGAACGAGGGCAGGAUUGGAAUUGCCGCUCAGAUGAUCGGGCUGGCGCAGGGCUGCUUCGACAACACUAUUCCUUACACCAGACAGAGAGUGCAGUUUGGAAAACGCAUCUUUGACUUCCAGGGCAUGCAGCACCAAAUAGCCCACGUAGCAACUCAGAUUGAAGCCGGUCGGCUGCUGACGUACAACGCUGCUCGUCUGAAGGAAGCUGGAAGACCUUUCAUCAAGGAGGCCUGCAUGGCGAAAUACUUCACUGCAGAGGUUGCAGCCCUAACCACAUCUAAAUGCAUCGAAUGGAUGGGAGGGGUUGGCUUCACCAAAGACUACCCCAUAGAGAAAUUCUACAGAGACUGUAAAAUCGGUACCAUUUAUGAGGGCACAACAAAUAUCCAGCUAUCCACUAUGGCCAAGUUCAUUGAUAAGGAGUAUGAUCACUGAUCUGACCGGAGCCUGAAGGAUUGAUGUGUUACACUCCAUGUUCUUCUCCUCUAGUGACUUUGGGGGAUGCUUUGCUGUAGAUCUGCUUUCAUGUUUUUUAGAGUUUUGUUGCAGUUCUAGAUGUUUCUUCUCAAUAUCACCACUCUUGUUAAGUAGUUCUCACUACUGAUUUUACUGAUGUUACGAUUCUCCAGCUUUAGUUUAAAGUUGCUCUCGUACAAUGAUUUUUUUAUCCUAUCAGACCUUUCCGAAAGUCUGCGAAUAAGACAGUGUAUGUAGAGCUGUACCACUUCCCUCUUGUCCAUACUUAUUAUUGCACUUAUUGAGAUCUGGUGAUGAAUCGUGUCGGAAUAACAUAACUGUUCCAUAUAUGAUCGGGAUUUUUUUCUUUGAAUGUUUCAGUGCCUUCAGUGGUUCGGCUAUCUUCUUCUUCGCAGGAUACUUUCAAAUAGGUGACACUCAUUUAAAUACUGUGCAGUUCCUUGUGUGGGGAAAAUUGAAGUGAUUUCACUUCAUAUAAAGAUAUUCUGUAUAGAGCAAUAACUUAAUACAAUAAAUGUAAAGUAUGCUGUAUCAACAAUCUCUCUUUGAGGCAGAUUAACACCACGUUGUGUCACUAGAUGGCAGCGUUCUCCACAGUGUGUGUCAGCAGCAGCAGCAGCUUCUCACUGUGAGAGAACAGUCAUUUAACAGCCCGUCACCUCUAAUGAUAUUUUAUAUCCGUUUAAUUAUGCUGCUGCUUCAGAUGGAAAGAGUCUGUCGUGCGUAAUCGACUCACUGGUCAUUUUUCAGGUGAGAUUGAUCGGAUUUCCACGGCCUACAUGUGUAAAAUGAGGUCUAUUGUUUUACACAACACAGACGAGCUGUGUCCAAGUAUACAGACCCGUAAUAGCCAAGAUGAUCCCUUGUAAAAAAUGAAUCUUGCGAGGUAUCUGUUAGGGCUGGGCAACAUAUCGAUAUUAUAUCGAUAUCGUGAUAUGACACAAGAUAAUAAUAUGGUAAUAUGGCAUAAAUGUUCCUGGUUUUAAAGGCUACAUUACAGUUAAGUGAUGUAUUUUUGUGAAUUUACCAGACUGUUCUAGCUGUUCUUGUAUUUGCCUUUAGUCAUUAUGUCCACAUUACUGAUAAUUAUUUAUCAAAAUCUCAGUGUAAACAUUUUUCAAAUAUCACCAAGCCCUAGCAGCUGUUUAACAAAAAAACAUUAAUUACUGACAAUACUUAAUAAUAGUCAUUAACAGGGAUGAAACCGUCAGAUUCAUACCUGCUGCGAUGGUAUACAUUGACACUAGUGAUGCCAAAUAUGGAGACGUUCAGAUUCCCAUGAAGUAAAUGGAUAACAGCGCUGUCAUACUCUCUAACCAUGUACCAUUUUACAUUGCAUUGAUUCAAGUUUAUUUUAACAGGGAAAUAACAAACCUCUCUUUCUCUUUGGUGCCCCAAAAACACUGUAUCUUAACACUAUACACAGAGAAGAGAGCAGAGAGAAAGUAAACUAGUCUAUAAAAGAAAAACAGACAAAUAUGUAAAGAUACUUUCUGUUGUCAAAGAUGUCCCAUCUUACUUUUUUUUUUUUUAAAUCAUUCCACUUACAACAAAACUAAGUGUUGUCUAACCUAAUACUGUUUAGUAUUGUGAUCAUAAGAUUUUAUUUACUGAUUAAUAUAUGAUAAGUAUUUAGUAUCACCUGUUGACACUAGAGCAUACAACAGUUUUUUGAUAUUUUAAGACAAAAUAUAAAGCAUCACUUAGGCGAGACAGAACCAAUAAUGUGACAUGAGUCUCUUAUGUGGGAUGUAAUUAGAUAUAAACAUGACGGGUUCAAACUGAAGACAGACAGAGAACAAAAUGUUACUUACAAGAUAUUUUGCCCAGACAUUCAAAAUCACUAUCAUGACAAAACUGCCUGUGUUUUGCAUCACUGAUUGAGUGUACUUUGUUUCCCCCCUCUGAUCCACUCUGACUUGUUCCAUCUAUUGUAUAAAUCCCCCUGUUUAAUGAGCAUAAUCUGAUGAAAACACAGCUAUCUGCUUCUCACUUUGCAUUGGCAAACGCAGCUCAACUGGCCUCCUUCUCCGCCCCCGUCUUUAACACGGCUAUGAGACCUCUAAUUAUGCAGGGAUUCAAGUAGCUUUUCACAAAACACAGUGUUGUCCUUUAGAGCUGGAGAGCGCUCCGCGAGCUAAAAGGACAGGCUGCGUGUUUAGGAGGUUGAGCAAAUCCAAUUGGUUUGAUUAGUUCCUCUGCAUCUGCUUCCAAGUCUGGUGUAAAUGAUGAAUCUUAAAUGGUGUGUUUUUUGUU